AUGCACAAUCUUGUUCAAGAUGAUGACGCCCUCGCAUUUUCUUCUUUCCAGCCUCGCUGGCGUGCCCUCGACUCCCACAAAGCCGUUAACUGUUUUUGUGCUAAUAAAGCAGCUUCUGAUUUUUCUCUUGCCUCCUCACACCCUCAAGCAGUGCCUUGUCAGCACGCUGCUGAUGAUCCAAAGCCUCAGCUUCUCGAAGCUUUAGUUCAUCGGACAAUAGGUUUACAAAGUUCUUCUGGGGGCACCGAAUCACAGUCGCAGUUGCAGGGCGGGCAAGAUGUCGAGGCAGAAGCCAACCCUUCCAUUAAGUGCCAAUACAGAGGGGGGCCCACUAUAUACGCGGCCAAGAAAAUCGCCAUUAAACCAAGAGCUGCCUUCAAAACCCCAGCUCGCACUGCCAUUUCUCCUCUUUCUACUUUUUUUUCUUAA